AUGCCUAUAGGCAAUCGUUUAGGCAAUGUUGUAUAUAUUAAUAUACUCCAAAAAUGUCCUCCAAAAAUUUAUCAAUGGAUCGAAUCAGCAGCAGAUUAUGACAUUUCAGCAAAUAGCGGAUACAAAGAGGACAUAAUGAGAAAAUGUGAGGCAAGUUAUGAAACUCGUCCCACUCCUUGGUUUUGUACAGAUCCAAAUUAUACACCUCAAUCGGAUGUGACAAAUACGCUACCGUCUUGUCGUCCUGGUUAUGUUAUCGACAUUGAAGAUGUUGUUUAUGAAUCGACGGUAGACGACACAUGCUCAGGAGUGACACGAUGUAGUUUACACAAUAAAAAUACGUUGACAUUUGCUUGUAACAAAAAGAGAUCAUGCCAAGUUCAAAUUAAAGAUUUUCGAUAUCAUAUCAACCAAACAUGUGGAUCAACAGUGCGAUUUUAUACCAAAUAUAAAUGUGUUCCAGUUAUUUAUGAUCAAAAAGAUUAUUUAUGUGAUUCGAGUUUUCGUCGUCCGGACAUUAAUUUGGCCUGUGAUCGUGAUUAUCGUUUGUACAUUGCAUAUGCCGUUUUAGGUAUAACAGAAAAGAAAAGUUCAAGUGCCUGUAAAAAAGAGCAGUGGUAUUGUAAUCAAUACGUUCAUCAUACUUACUCACAACUAUGUGCAACAAGUGCAAAUAAAGAUUCAUGCAUAAUUCGUUAUGGUGAUCGACCGCUGUUAAGAGAUUGUGCCUAUGGAACAUAUAGCAAUUUUUCAUUAGUUGAUUACAGUUGUAUACCAAGUGAAAAUAUUUUCGAUCAAUUACCUCGUCUUGAUAUUUGUUCAAAUGAUAGUGCACUGAUUCAAAUUGAACGUGGACUACUUCACAGUCCUCAGUAUCCUCAGUCUAUCGGAAAAUAUCUCUCAUGUAAAAAAGAAUUGCAUAUUCAACGUGAUGCACGAUUUCGUCUAUUUGUACUCCAAAAACAAAUUGAAUAUUAUCAUGAAUUUAACAUUCGUUUAUUGAAUGAAGAAAAGGCACAAGGUGGUGCAAAACGGUCAAUAUUAGCGAAUGAAUUACUUGAUGUUAAUGUGACAAAUGAAAUUGUGCAAUUUGAAUUAAAAACAAAUCAUAAUGGUGGUGGACAUUUUAUACUUUAUUUUCAAGUCGAUUCACGUAUAUCUGAAUAUGCUCCCUAUUCACUUGAAGCCGAACGACGUCCAGAUGAUCAUAAUAAUGGAAGUAAACAAAAAAAUCGUGGCAAAAGAGAUUUUGGCGUGUUAGUUGGUAUUGUUGCUGGUGUUAUUUUAGUUCUUCUUAUACUCAUCAUUGUUAUCGCAGCUAUUCUUGUAUCAAAACGUCGUCGUAAGCGUCAUCUGAAAUAUUUACAUUCAGAUGACGAUCAUGAUCACGAUCAUCAACAUUUAAAUUCAUCAUCACCCAUCACAAACAAUCAUUUGAGGCCACUUCACAUUGAACAUCCUCAUUUACAAGAACCUUAUGCUCCUCGUCCAACAUCAACUUCAUCUGCUUCCUCUUCUGUCGUCAUUCAUCAUGUUAUUGAUAAUACCGAUCGUGAAUCUCUUUUAAAACCAUCACCCAUAAAUCAUUUUACACAGAGUGAACGUGAACAAGCUGAUAAUUUUUAUGAAGAAAUUAAAGAACAACAACAGCAAGCCGCUCUGGCUCUUGCUGCUAUUCAUAAAGAUAAAGAUGGAACGGUGGGAGAACAGCAUUAUCUUGAACCAAAAUCAUUUGCACAAAAAAAGAAAUUUUUUGAACAAGAAACAAAAAAACAUGGAAAUAAAGUUUUAUUUUCACCUAAAUCACCACCACCACCACCAAUCAGAGCAGUAACAUCAAAUGGAGGACAAGAUGAUAGACACCGAGAGAGUGACCAGCAAUUAUUUGAUAAAAAAGCUGCACCAUUAGCCACACCUGAAACAGGGAAAAAACAUCAACGUUCACGUGUUCAGUCAACAGCGAUUAGUGAUGCUCCAAUGGCCAGUACUGAAACACUAGAUGUUCAUCCAUCAUCUACAAAUUUAACUUUAUCUCCUACCUCAAAUAAUCCUUUACAACGACCGACAAUACCUCCACCAAAAAUUCCUCCUCCACGUAUGGAUAUGGUACCUCAACCGUCAGCUCCGCCGUUACAUUUAAUGAAUCCUGAACAACAACAGGAAAUGUUUCGAGCACAUGAACGUUUAAGACUUCGAAAUCAAUUGAAUACAUGA